GUGAGACUGGCCCAUGAGCUGAUCUAGUUUUGGUGCACGGAAAACAUUGCCAAAUUUUUUUUUCCUCGCUGGGUGGUGCUCUUUUUAUUUGCCGAGCCCGUCCAACUAUUUGUCCUGAUAUAUUAAAUACAUCGUGCUUUUUCUUUUAUAAUUAUUUAAUUAUUUAAAUUCAAACAUAACCAGGCGCUAAAAUAAAUAAAUAAAUAAAAGCAACAUGUCAGCAGAACAACGCAAAGCCCUCGAGGCACAAACAAUGGCCCUGCAGUCAGUGCAGAGCGAGAUAGCUACGCUUGUAGGAAACCGCCAAAAGCUCGAGUCCCAGCUACAGGAGAACGAGCUUGUGGACAAGGAGUUUAAAAUCCUGGAUGACAGCGCGCGUGUUUACAAGAUGAUUGGCCCUGUGCUUGUUUUGCAGGAGAAGGCUGAGGCCGGAGCCAAUGUUGAGAAGCGCCUGGAGUUCAUCCGUGAUGAAAUCAGCCGCGCUGACCAGCGCAUCGAGCAGUUGACCAAGGACCAGGAGAAGAAGAGCGUUGAAAUAUUCAAGCUGCAGAUGGAGCUCCAGGGUGUGAACAAGGCUUAAGAUCGUAUUUUUUUCUGUUGGGAUGAUGUUAUUUGAAUAAAUGAAAAGGGGGGAGGCGGGUGAAAUAAAAAAAGCUAUUCCUUGGUUCUC